GUACGGUCCACAAUAAGAUGGCGAACUAAAAGACUUUACUGGAAAGAUCUCCAGGCCAAAAUGGUCCGCGAGAUGGUGAUGGUGCAAGUAGGACAAUGCGGGAACCAAAUCGGGCGGCGCUUCUGGCUGGAAUUAGUGCAAGAAGCUGCGUCGCAGGUGCAAGGGGGCUUUGAUGCUGCAAUGUCAGCCCUCUUCCGAAAUGUAGACGCGCGAUACGAGCCCGCGAUAGAACUUGAUGUUGGGAGCUUGCUGGCAUCCUUGCGAGCACGGGCCAUCCUAGUCGACACAGAAGAAGGAGUAGUUUCAGAGACGAGGCGGCAUCCAAUUUUGGGAGAUUUAUUUGAGGAGACACAGGUAAUAACGGAUGUAGGUGGCGCGGGCAACAAUUGGGCCAGUGGAUACGCUUCAUAUGGCCCGAAGCUCCAGCUGAGGGUAGAGGCGGCUCUGCGUAAAGCUGUUGAGGCAUGUGACUCACCGCAGGCAUUUUUCUUAGUUUAUUCAGUAGGGGGCGGUACUGGAUCUGGUCUCGGGUCAUCAGUGCUUGAGCUACUUAGAGAUAUGUAUCCUGAUUUAUGUCGAUUCAAUGUUGCGGUGUAUCCGUCUGCAGAUUAUGAAGAUGUCAUCACAGGCCCAUACAACGCUGUUCUUGCCACAAAAUGGCUCACAGAAGCCUCUGACUGUGUUAUACCGCUUGAAAAUAGCGCGUUGCUGGACUACCGUGCAAGACAGGCUGGUCUUGGCGCAUCGCAACUUCCUGAUGGAAUCGACACUGGCUUCGACGGGAUUAAUGAUGUCAUCGCACAGUUGCUUUCUCAUCUAACAGCUGGUGCUCGCUACCCCGGUGGACUGAACAUGGACUUCAACGAGAUUACCACCAACCUUGUGCCCUUUCAACGACUUCACUACCUGACAGCCAGCUUCUCGCCCCUUCUUCGUUGUAACCGAUCAAACCUAAAUCUAGACAAGCGUGAGCAUAGAAUUUUCCUGGAAGCAUGUGCUACUACCUCGAAAUUAGUAACUACGUAUGCAAAGACGAGUCAGACUUCGAGUAAUAGAGCCCUCGCCUGUGCCGUGUUUGCACGAGGGAAAGUGGCCUCUGCGAACCUCAUUCAUGCCUCAAAUUGUCUGCGUCCAUCGCUAAAACUUCCCCAAUGGAAUCCUGAUGGCUUAAAGAUGGGUCUAUGUCGUGUACCACCCCUUGGUGCCUCUAGUGCAGUACUUUGUUUGAAGAAUUCUCCUGCCAUCGCCCAAAAUUUUGACACACUGAAGAAUCGUUUCAACAAGCUGUAUCAGGUCAAAGCCAUGCUGCAUCACUACACGCAGAUAGUAGAUUCAACUGUCUUUGAGGAUGCCAUCAACGACUUAGAAGGUGUAAUUGAAUGUUACAAAAAUGCAGAUCUAAAUGCACCAAACUUUCAUGUCUAGUCACAGAAAGAGGAAUACGCAUCCAAAGCACAUGUUUUGGGUUUGUAUUAGUCUUUUCAGCUGACCCACACUCCCCACGCCAUUAACUUGCAAGCACUCUUUGUCGAGGCGCGAUGGGCCCUAUUCGACUUGAGUGGGGCGGCCCAAUUCCUGUAAGAUGCACACCGCCCCGACUAGGGUGUACCAGGCCAGGCUGAGUCAGACAGGCAGUGAUGCGGUCCAGCAAAAAUUUCUUUGCCGCUAAGUUGGACGUCCAAAAAGGGUCGAGAGAAUCAACCUAUGACUACCUUUACUUCCACCUGAAGCUAGUGUCGUGGGUCGCGUUGUGGGCAGCGGCGACGCAGCUACGGGCGUCCAAGGCCCCGCAAGUCAAGCGAGCCACCUUGACGACAAAGCGACUAGUUCGAAGUCUUCCUCCUGGGGAUCGACUCCAGCGAUCAAUUUAAGAUGAAGUGGAGUCAUUCUAACGGCGUAUCAGACGGGCUGCACAUCAGGCAGGGUGGAUUGCGCAGCGCUUAUUCCAUCGUCUGCUGGAAUGCAUACGUACUUCUAUCGGUCAGUUUUUGUCAAGACAUGUCCAAAUGAUCCGCCGAGUUCCGCCAAAUAUGCUCCCGACUGGCUGCUGACACGCGGCGACGGACAAUGGUGGACUUUUGGGGGUGCGUCGCUCUGAGCGUGGGCCAGGUGCUUCUAUAACAGCUGUUUGGAGAUCUAUUCGCGGUUGCGCGCUGCCUUUGGGGGGUUGGAGACUGCCCAGACGGCCACCUUUUGACGCUCUCUUAUCGCAUUGGUCGCAGUCGUGCCCGGCGUCCGCAUGAGUGGCUAGAAGCAUCGACAUACCUCAUGCCACGGAUUCACACACGUCCAGAGCGUCAGAGGACCAAUCCCGACAAGUGGCCCUUCACGCGCGUGAUUUAACGCCGCAGACCGAGCGACGACAAGCUGUCCACCUCAUACCGAAGUAGUAGUAGUACGCCGGUUCACUGGACCUACUUGGUGACUAAGCUAGACGUCUAAAAGCGUCCGGAAGAACCCAGCAGAAGUAGGAGCGAGUUUGCCAGUGAGGAGGCCUUAGGGGGUCCGUAACGGUCCGUACCUAGAGUCCGU